AUGAGGACUUCCACUAUUCUUCUUGCCGCCUCCGCAGGCGUUGCCUUGGCUCAGCCUGCUAUCCUCAGCGAGCGCGCUGAUUCUGUCUGUCAAACCGGCAACGGCAACCCUCUUGAGCCUACUCCUGCAUGCUGCUUUACCAUGCCAUGGACUGCGGAACAUUAUCCCUACAGCGUCUGCAUGGCUCCUUCGAGUUCGAAAAAUACUGCCGAAUUCGAGGAAAGCUGCCGCAAAAUCAAAGCAACUGCCCAACCUCGGUGCUGCCCCAAAUCUCUCAUCGCCGAAAACGAGAACCAGAAUAUCGGCGAUGAUCUUCUGUGCUCAGACCCAAAGAUUGUUGCGUAG